GUGCUCGGUGCCAUGGGAGGGGGAGAUCACCGGUGCAUGGCCGCCACGGCGGCCGCUUCUGCCGGGGAUGGAGGCGGCAGCGUGGAGGCUGCGCUGAGGCCUCUUGUUGGUGCAAACGCCUGGGACUACUGCAUCUACUGGAGGCUGUCUCCUGAUCAGAGGUUCUUGGAGAUGGCUGGGUUGUGCUGCAGCAGUGAGUUCGAGGCCCAGGUUUCUGCACUUGGUGAGCUGCCUUCGUCUAUCCCACUGGAUUCCUCAUCUGCAGGGAUGCACGCCGAGGCAAUGAUGUCCAACCAGCCGAUUUGGCAGACCAGCUGCGUGCCAGAGCUCCCAACAAGUUAUUCCACUGUAAGCACAGAGCUCGGAUCCGCCGGACCUAGGACGCGGUUGCUGGUGCCGAUUGCCGGUGGCCUCGUCGAGCUCUUCGCCGCCAGAUACAUGGCGGAGGAGGAGCAGAUGGCGGAGCUGGUCAUGGCGCAGUGCGGGGUGCCGGCGCGGGCGACAGAGGGCGAGGGGGACGAGGGCGGUGCCGCCGUGCACACGUGGCCGGAGGCGCCAGGCUUCGCGUGGGACGGCGCCGACCCGCAGCGUAUGUUCGGGGCGGUGCCGCCGUCGCUCAGCCUAUUCGACGCCGCGGGGGACCCGUUCCUGGUGGCGCCACCGCCCGGGGUGGUCGACGACGCGGCGGCGGCAGGGUGGCAGUACGUCGCGGCGGUGGCGGCGCAGCAGGAGCAGCACGGCGCGGCGCGCGCUGGAGGCGCGGACUCGGGGUCCGAGGGAAGCGACUUGCAGGGGGACCCCGAGGACGACGGCGACGACGACGUGCAGGGGCGGGGCGGCGGCGGCGGCAAGGGCGGCGGCAAGCGGCAGCAGUGCAAGAACCUGGUGGCGGAGCGGAAGCGGAGGAAGAAGCUCAACGAGCGGCUCUACAAGCUCAGGUCGCUCGUCCCCAACAUCACCAAGAUGGACCGCGCUUCGAUCCUCGGAGAUGCGAUCGACUACAUCGUGGGGCUGCAGAACCAGGUGAAGGCGCUGCAGGACGAGCUGGAGGACCCGGCGGACGGCGCCCCCGACGUGCUCCUGGACCAUCCGCCGCCGGCGAGCCUGGUGGGGCUAGAGAACGACGACUCGCCGCGCGCGAGCAAGAGGGCCCGGGUAGCGGCGGCGGCGCCGGCGGAGGAGGAGAAGGGGCACGACAUGGAGCCGCAGGUGGAGGUGCGGCAAGUGGAGGCGAACGAGUUCUUCCUGCAAGUGCUGUGCGAGCACAAGCCCGGCCGCUUCGUCCGCCUCAUGGACGCCGUCAACGCCCUCGGCCUCGACGUCACCAAUGUCAACGUGACCUCCUACAAGACCCUCGUCCUCAACGUCCUCAACGUCGCCAGGCGGGACAACGAGGUGGCGGUGCAGGCGGACAGGGUGAGGGACUCGCUGCUGGAGGUGACGCGGGAGUCCUACGGCGUCUGGUCGGCGGCGGCACCGGCGGCGGGGAGCAGCGGCAGCAUCGACGUGAAGCUCGACUGCGUCGACGUGAAGCUCGAUGGUGGCGUCGAUGUGCAGGCACCGGCGGCUGCGGCGGAAGACCAUUACGGCGGCUACAACCAUCUCCUCCAGUACCUCACCUGAUCAUACGCCACCAGUUCAUGGAUCAUCCUUCGUGUUCAAUCAAAGGGAUCAACUAAUAA